GCCUUCUCUUCCCAACUGUAGAGAGAUCAAGCUAAAGAUUUUAAUUCCAUCAAAAAGCAAACGACGCAGAAAAAAUGCAGUCUGCUAAGGACAUCGCGGCUUCGGCCAAGGCUGGCAUGGAGAAAACCAAGGCCACGCUCCAAGAAAAGGGUGAGAGAAUGACGGCGCGGGACCCGUUGCAGAAGGAGAUGGCGACGGAGAAGAAAGAGGCGAAGAUCCACGAGGCGGAGCGCCGGAAGCACGAAGCGCGUCAUCACAACGCCGCCGCUGCUGAAGUCGCUCAUACCACCGGGACCGGGGUGUUCGGUGGCCACCCGACUGGGGCGGAAUACACGGCGGAGGGAAUGGGCGGCGGUGUCGGACAUCACGGCACGCACACUGGCGGCGUGGGACAUCACGGCACGCACACCGGCGGCGGCACCUAUUAGUUUGUUUAGUAAUUAAAAUUGCGAGAAUAAAUGGGUGAAUUGUUGUAACUUUAUAUACUUCUGUAAUUUUAUUUGGUAAUUAAGUUUGUACGUGUUAUUUUAA